AUGACGGAUUCAUCCACAGGAACAUUCCGGCCAUCUCCUCCGAUUCCGAUACCCAAAUACUCACCAUCCCGUAGAAAUCGCAAUCACACUGAUCCAACACAGCCGAAACCACAAUCAAAUCCCGCGUUGAAGCUUCCACAUCGCAACACCAGAUACUACAAACCGGUGAAAGAAGGAGUUAUCUCUUCGGAUGGAGAACGCACCAUCUUAAUCGGAGAUUCCGGCGUAUCUUACCAGCUUCCCGGUGCUCCUUUCGAGUUUCAGUUUAGCUAUUCCGAGACGCCUAAAGCUAAACCGGUUGGGAUCCGAGAACCGGCGUUUAUGCCUUUCGCUCCGCCGACGAUGCCGCGACCGUGGACUGGAAAAGCUCCGUUGAAGAAAUCGAAGAAGAAGAUUCCGUUGUUCGAUUCUUUCAAUCCACCUCCGGCUGGAAAAUCUGGGGUUAAGUAUGUGGAAAUGCCUGGGCCGUUUCCGUUUGGGAGGUAUCCAAAGGAAUCGAUGACUAGAGAUGAGAUUCUUGGUGAGCCAUUGAAGAGAUGGGAGAAAGGGAUGCUGAUUAAGCCUCAUAUGCAUGAUAAUCGCCAGGUUAAUUUAGGAAGAGAUGGAUUCACGCAUAACAUGUUGGAACUGAUACAUUCGCAUUGGAAGAGACGACGUGUUUGUAAGGUUCGAUGCAAAGGAGUUCCCACUGUUGAUAUGGAUAAUGUGUGUCGUGUUCUUGAGGAAAAGACAGGAGGAAAGAUCAUUCACAGAGUCGGAGGUGUGGUGUACCUCUUUAGGGGUAGAAAUUACAACUACCGCACACGUCCGCAGUACCCAUUGAUGCUGUGGAAACCAGCAGCUCCAGUUUAUCCAAAGCUCAUUCAAGAAGUUCCUGAAGGAUUGACCAAAGAUGAAGCUCAUAUGUUCAGGGUGAAGGGCAAGUCUCUUAGGCCCAUAUGCAAGUUGUCAAAAAAUGGAGUUUACGUGUCGCUAGUCAAAGAUGUUAGGGAUGCCUUCGAACUCAGUCCCUUGGUGAAAGUCGACUGCUCAGGACUUGAACGAAGCGAUUACAAGAAAAUAGGCGCUAAGCUUAAGGAGUUAGUUCCUUGUGUGCUUCUGUCUUUUGACGAUGAGCAAAUACUCAUGUGGAGAGGACGAGACUGGAAGUCACGGUUUCUGGAAAAUCCUUUAACUCCAAUCCUCUCUGAGACCAACAUAGCAGGCGAAGUUGAUCCCUCAGAAGAAAUCAGUAAAGAACAAACAGUGUCUGUACCAAGUACGGUGAUAUCAAGCCCCAAAAUGAUCUCGCUCUGGAAACGAGCGUUGGAAUCAUCAAAGGCAGUAAUUCUGGAAGAGCUUGACCUUGAUCCAGACGAUCUCUUGAAGAAAGUGGAAGAGUUGGAAGGCACUUCACAGGCCGCAGAACACACUUACACAGCCUUAGUAUUGUCAAGCAGUGAUGGUGCAGCAGAGGACUACGUGGAUGACAAGGAUCUGUCCGACGGGUAUAGUGACAUAGACGAUGACUUUGACGACGAGUGUUCCGAUGAUGAGUCUCUAGAACCCAUGGGUCCUGUGGGAUCUUUGCCCGUUGACAAGAUAGUUAGGAAGUUGAGGGAGAGACUAAAGUAG